AUGGUAGUAAUAUCUUUCGAGCCUCCAUUUUUAUUAUUGUUAUAUUAUCGAAUUAUUGGAUCAAUAAGUAUUUUAUUGAACACUUUUGCAUUAUAUUUAAUUCUAUUCAAAGGUGUCAAAAUGGAUAAUUUCAAGUAUUAUUUGUUAGCCUUUCAGGUGAGCUAAAUAUUUGUAUUUUCAGUACUGUAGCUCAAUUUUUCUAUUUAGAUCUGCUGUACUUGUGCUGAUGUUCAUGUCACUUUCCUUAUGCAACCAAUUGGUCUUUUUCCAAUGAUAGCUGGUUACUGUAAUGGAAUUCUAGCGGUUUAUUUUGAUAUUUCUCCCGAAGCACUUGUGGUAUUAUUUUAGGGGAGGGGUAGUUUUGGCCUUGAGCCUCUCAAUGAACUUUUUCUGUAACUUCGGAGACAAGGUGGCAUUUCACUUUUGAUUCAAACAAAUCCGAAUUUCUGAAUUCUAAAGAUUUUUCCAGAACUCUUUUGAAUUUCUUGAAAAAAACAAUUUAAAAAAACAAUUAGAAAAAAUAGUGACAAAACGGCUUUUUCCGUCAAAACCUAUGUUUUUUCAGUCAAUUGCUGAUCUUUUCAAUGCAUUACAAACCAGCUCUCUAACUCUUUGUUUUAUUCGAAAACAUCAAGCAAUCGCAAAAAUUUCAAAAACUCAACAAAUUAGUAAACCAUUUUUAAUUGCAAUAAUUAUCAUUCUAAUAGUUGUAUCAAUUGUAAUUGCAAUUACUUUUUAUUUAUCCGGAAUGACAACUGCUGAACAACUCGCUUAUAUUAUUUCAACACAACCCGAUUAUUAUCCACAUUUUUUGAAAUUGCAUAAUUUUGCGAUCUAUAAAUUAACUCCAUUAAUCACAUUUUCGAUGACUUUAAUUGUUUUGCAUGGUUUUAUUUGUGUAAAUGUUAUAGUUUUAACAACUUCUCAAAUGUUUAAAUUAUUGAAAUAUAAUCUACUUCGAAUAUCUGCAUCAAGUUAUGAUAAACAUCGAUCAGCACUUAAAAGUUUAUUCGCUCAAUUUUUGACUUCUUCUUUGUGCCUAACACCUCCAGUUAUUUUAUCAGCUGCAAUUAUGGUUGAAUAUGAGAAAUUACAAGGUACAAAGAGCUCGAGUAAAAUAACAAAACAAAACAAAAUAUUUUUUCUAGUUUUAUCUCAUUUUCUUCUCGCAAUAUUUUCGACUCAUUCAACUGCAAAUGUAAUUGUUAUGAUUAUCACAUUUCCAGCAUAUCGAAGAUUUGUUUUAUUUUGGAAAAAGCCUCCUGCAUUGAUUACUACAAGUUAUUCAAUUGCACUUCGUCAGAAAAUUGCAUAUUAG